AGUGUCAUUUCUCUCUUCUUCUUCUUCUUCUUCUUAAUUGUCUUUUCUUUGUUUUUGAUCUUAUCAAGAUGGAGAGCAGUAAAAGAGUAUCUUCAAUGGAAAAUAAGUCAAGUGGUAAUACUACAAGAGCUGGUUCUAGUAGUAAUCACCACUCCAAACCCAAAUCACCUCUCACAAAUUUAUCUGUGGAGGAAGUCAUUGCCUUACUCAAGGACGAUUUUACUCGACCAAAUGCUCUCCUUCUGCUGCGCAAGAUGAAAGCUAAUAAUCCAAACCUGGGUCCAAUGGUGUGGAAUUCUAAUGGUACUGUAUUUAUACUUCUGAAGGAAAUAACUCAAAUAUAUUACUGUCUUUCAAGUGGACUUACCGAAAAAAUGGCCAGCCAAGUGUGCAAUGUUCUUUCAAUCCUUCAGUGUGUAGCUUCACACCCACAAACCAGGAAGGAGUUCAUCAAAGCUAAUCUUGCAGAAUAUCUAUACCCUUUGAUUGCCACAACACAGAAAGAAAAGCCUUAUGAAUAUCUGAGGGUGGCCAGCUUAGGAGUUGUUGGCUCCUUACUCAAGGAGGAUGAUGCAGAAGCCAUUGACUACCUUCUUCAGGGUGACAUAGUCUCCAAAUGCCUAGUUUGUUUGGAGAUGGAUAAUCUAAUUAUCAAAACGGUGGCUGCGUUCAUUCUUGAAAGGCUUCUGACAAUUGGCGAGGAGGGUCUAGAACACUGCUGUUCUUCUGCUGAAAUAUUAAUUUCUUUGACCCGAACUUUAGCCCAAAAGAUUGAUGAGCUUGAUAGAGAACCCUGUCAACGAUUUCUAAAGCACAUUAUUUAUUGCUACAUAAAGCUUGCUGAGAAUCCCAGGGCAUGUGACAUUUUGGAGUGGUAUCUCCCUGGGAAGCUUACUGAUGUUACCUUCCUUCAAAAUGAUCCAACAUUAAUUACUUCUGUGCAAGCAUUGGUCCACAAAGUCUCUACUGGACAUCGCACCAAAAAGAUACAGCCAACUGGGCAUCCGGCGCUGACCCUUCGCAAGUAAAAAUUGCUUGCUAUCAAUCUCUGAACAAUGAAUGCCACCAGUAUUUAAGUUGAAGAUGAGACUUGCGGUUUAUGCAUUUUAUGGAACUAAUUAUAAGUUGUCUUUGUUCUUUAAAUUUCAAUGUUUUGAACCUUUGGUCUGGUACUGAAACUUUGAACCAUUAUUUCGGAAUUUUCUUUUAAGCUAAUGACAAUCAAGGUGGCU